AUAAGGUUAUUGAUUGUUUGGUUGGUCAAUCAUAUUAGUGGCAAAGUUGAGAAAAUUUUAUAUAAAUUAGUCUCCCCUUAAGUGAUUUCCAUGGCAACAAUGGAGGAUCAUUCUUCUAGGUGGUUUGAUGUCCAAUCUGUGCCUCUCAGUUACACAUUUCCCCCAGAAAACAGACCAGGGAAACUCCCUUUUUCUACAUGCACUGCAAUCCCAAUCAUCAACCUUAACAGUCCAGAAAAAUUAGACACAACUCAGAAAAUCAUUAAAGCUGGUCAAAAUUUCGGGGUUUUUCAGGUGAUUGACCAUGGAGUUUCAGAAAGUGUAUCAACUGAGGCACUUAAUGUGUUGAAGGAAUUAUUCAAUAUGCCAGUGGAGGAAAUUUCAAGGGAUGCCAUUAAAAAUGGUUGGGUGCAUAUGGGCAGCACCAGUUUUGCCAUUGAUGGUGUUCAUUUGUGGAGGGAUAACAUUAAACACCCAUGUCACCCCUUGGAAAAAUGCAUGCAACGUUGGCCUCAAAUUCCAACUAGGUACAGAGAAGUGAUGGCAACAUAUGUACAAGAAAUAAGAAGAUUGAGUUGGAGAAUUCUUGAGCUGAUUUCUGAAGGAUUGGGACUUGAAAAGGGUUACUUUGAAGAAAUAAGUCAAGUCCAAUUUCUAUCAGCAAGUAAUUAUCCAGCAUGCCCAGACCCAAGUGUGACUUUGGGAGUAUUAAAACAUUUUGAUCAUAGCUUUAUAACAAUACUAUUUCAAGGAAAUGUCGAGGGACUUCAAGUGUUACAUGAUGGCAAGUGGAUUGGAGUUGGGGUUGUACCUAAUGCCUUUGUGGUCAACAUAGGCACUCAAUUAGAGAUUAUGAGCAAUGGAAAGCUAAGAAGUCCAGAACACAGAGUAAUGACAAAUUCAGAAGAAGACAGAUUAACCAUUGCCACAUUCAUUAAUCCUUCUCCAAAUUGCAUAGUAGAACCAGCCAAAGCUUUGAUUAAUGAAUCAAAUCCUCCUUUAUAUGAUUCAUUUAUGCACAAGGAUUUUGUUGUUUCUUCCAAAGCGUUUGGUCCCUAUACCGACGUUGUUCAAACAAAGGAUUAAUCUGGAGUUGGAAAAUUAUGGAAUUUGUAUUUACUUAUUCGAAUGUUGUAAAUUAAAAAUUGUUCAUAUUACUAUCCAAAAAACCUACUUUUGUCAACUCUACUUUUGCGUAUCGGUAUUUAAGGCGAAAGUUCUAUUAUUUCAAUUAAAUUUUGAUGGGUCGUUUGAUUUCAGGAGGUUGCUAGCUCGAAUCUUCAUAUAGAUAUAGAUAUUCCUCUUUGAACUUUGAAGUUAUAUUGUAAGACUUGACAUCAAAAUUUGAAUUAUGUGUGUGA